CCCAGGCCCUUUUCCCUCUCCUUCUCCGGUUGUUGGGUCUCCUUUCCUUCCUCCAUAGUCCACCCCCAACAGUGAAAGAGACCACCAAUGGAGCGCAAGAGUCCAAAACCGAAGACACUCCACCUCCAAGAUCCAAUUUUUAUCUUUCCUCUCAAUCUUCCAGGCCUUUGAAUACCAAAUUCUAGCCUCUCUGCUGUUGAAUUUUGCUUCCGGAUGCUGCUCUGCGAUUCUUCUGUUUCAUUAGUGUGGUGAGAAAGGUAGGAUUUUUAUCGGGGAGUUCAGAUGAGGACUGGAGAUUGGAGGGUCUUUGUGGCGGCGCGAUAAGAGGCGGAGGAGAAGGGGGAGAAUGGCUACGAGCUUCAAGAGAGGAAGCGGUGCCGGCGGCGGCGAGGUGUCGGCCAGGGGAAUGGUUUCGAAAAAGCGGACCUUUUUGCUUUGCCUUGGAAGCUUCUGUGUAGGUCUUCUCUUCACCACCAGUUGGACUAUGCCUGAAGCCAAGGGCGUCAUUAGGACAACAACAGCAUCAGAUGGCAAUAAGCUCAAUCUCGUGUCCAGUGAUUGUGUUCCGAGACCAAAUAAUGCAAAGCAACAGCCUAAAGACAUCCUCAACAAUGUUGAAAAUACCCAGCAAGUAAUCCAGACUCUAGAUAAAACCAUAUCAGACUUAGAAAUGGAAUUGUCAGCUGCCAGAGCUGCUCAGGAGUCGAUACUUAAUGGUGCUCCAGUGUCAGAGACUCUCAAGGCAACUGAAUCAGCUGGGAGGAGGAAAUAUCUCAUGGUCAUGGGAAUUAACACUGCAUUUAGCAGUCGUCGGAGAAGAGAUUCAGUUCGCGCAACUUGGAUGCCUCAAGGUGAGAAAAGAAAGAAGCUGGAGGAAGAGAAAGGAAUUAUUGUUCGCUUUGUUAUCGGUCACAGUGCUACAUCUGGUGGAAUUUUGGACAAGGCAAUUGAAGCUGAACAUAGAAAGCAUGGUGACUUCAUGAGGCUGGAUCAUGUCGAAGGCUAUCUCGAGUUGUCAGCCAAAACAAAAAUAUAUUUUGCAACUGCCGUCUCUAUGUGGGAUGCAGAUUUCUAUAUCAAAGUAGAUGAUGAUGUCCAUGUAAAUAUUGCAACUCUUGGAGCCACUCUGGCUAAGCAUCGGUUGAAGCCUCGGGUAUAUAUUGGAUGCAUGAAAUCUGGUCUAGUCCUAGCUCAAAAGGGAGUAAGAUAUCAUGAACCUGAGUAUUGGAAGUUUGGGGACGGCGGAAAUAAGUACUUCCGGCAUGCUUCUGGUCAGCUAUAUGCCAUAUCAAAGGACUUAGCUACUUACAUAUCCAUGAAUCAGCAUUUGCUUCACAAGUAUGCAAAUGAGGAUGUUUCACUUGGGUCAUGGUUCAUUGGGCUUGAUGUCGAACACAUUGAUGAUCGGAAACUGUGCUGCGGUACUCCACCUGAUUGCGAAUGGAAAGCCCAGGCAGGCAACAUCUGUGUUGCCUCAUAUGACUGGGCCUGCAGUGGCAUCUGCAACUCAGCUGAAAGGAUCAAAGAGGUUCACCAAAGAUGCGGUGAAGGAGAGAAGACUCUGUGGAACACAGACUUCUGAAAGAAUCAUCCUAUGCAAUAACCUGCUUUGCACCACAAUAUGUGGGGUUGAUGCAGAAUGUGCUAUGUUUAUGAAUUUCCUUUUUUCAGUGAGGGAAUUGAUCGUUGGAGUAAUAAAAUGCAAAAGAUCCCCAAAGCAUUUAGGGAGAAGAGGUAAAUAGAUAUAGAGAGAGGGGAGCGAUAGGGCUCUCCCGUAGUAAUUCUUUGGAAAUGUUUGAUGGUCAUCUUGUAUCUUGUAACUCUUGUUAAGGGCUUCAUAUGCAAUAACUGAUCAUUGUUGUUCCUUGAA